ACACACGGAGUGCAACAACGAAUCAGUUGAAGCUAUGGCGACUUCAGCAACAUCAACAUCUCUCUCCAUUCGCACAACAUGGAUUUGACCGCUUGGGCAAUACUUCAGCUAUCGAAGUUGCUUCCUCUUGAUGAUGAGUCUCUUCGACAAAUCGUCUCGUAUGCAGAAAGCUUGCCGCCUAAAGAGGCCGCAGAACAUCUCCAGAAUCUUCUCGGAGAUAGCCCUAAAGCGCUCGAGUUCAUUACGUCUUUCAAUAACCGAAGAAACCAGCAAUCGAAUGCAGCGUCGAAAACAGCUUCAGGAUCAAGUAUAUCUGAAGUACCAAAGGCGAAGCCUCGGAAGAAGAAGGCGGAACGUUUUGGUCAGCUCCCUCCACCCCGACAGCCGGAAAACUAUGGAGACGUCUCAGGGGGAUAUCUGAAGCCAGUUGAAGAGGACUAUUUGGCCGCUAGCCCUAGAUCGAGAAGCCCCAAACCACCUGCCGCUUCGCAGCCGCCAGCUCAAGCAACUAAGCCGGCGAAGCUUCCCCCGUCAGCUGCUGGCCAACUGAUAUCAGACGUCAGAUCGUCCCGCAAUUCCUCACCGAAGCCUAAAAGCAAGGUGACUAUCCAAGGCGGCACUCCCAUGCAUGGUGCCUCCACCGUGCUCAGUGAUCUGGACGCAGCCAUCAAGUCCCUCGAGAUACAAACGAACCUGACAUUAUCAUCCGCCCAAGACAAUGAAAGACGGAAAUGUAACUGUAUGGCAACACGGCAUCCGCUCUUAGAUGCAGCCCCUAAUUGCCUCAAUUGUGGCAAGAUCAUAUGCGUUAAGGAGGGCAUUGGCCCUUGUACCUUCUGCAAUACUCCUCUUCUAAGUUCGUCGGAGAUUCAAUCAAUGGUCAGGGUGCUCAAAGAUGAGCGUGGGAAAGAGAAAAUGGCUAUGAACAAUGCCUCCCAGAGGCGUGCUGAAGUGUCAUCGACGCCGCGGCCCUUCUCAACGCCCAGGGAGCGCACGCCUGCAUCGUCAACUCCAGCCUCAGAUAGCGAAAACGAGAAGCUGACGAAAGCGAAACAGCACAGGGACAAGUUGCUGGCUUUCCAGGCGCAAAAUGCACGAAGAACUCAAGUCCAUGAUGAGGCAGCCGAUUUCGAAACACCAACCGCAGGUCUCAGUAUGUGGGCGAGUCCGCAGGAGCGAGCUAUGCAACUCAAAAGACAACAGAAGGCUCUGCGCGAGCAAGAGUGGAACUCUCGGCCUGAAUAUGAGAAGAGAAAGGUAGUGGCAAGCCUCGAUCUGGUCGGUGGGAAGGUCGUGAAGAGAAUGACGACCGUUGAGCGUCCGCGUACGCCCGAGCCUGAUGAGGACAUUCCUGAGCUCGCAAAUCCAACUGUAAACGAUGUGCAGUCGGGUCAAGGGCCGUUCAGUCGGAAUCCUUUGCUAGGAGGAUUGAUCAGACCAACUAUAAGGCCCGAUGACAAAGGUAAAGGCAAGGCAAAAGAAGGGUUGAAGAAGCAAACCUGGCGCCGGGUACAAGACGACAAUGAAGACAACGAGCAGUGGAUUCUUGAUGGAGGCGCAUAUGGUGGCCAGGCGGGAUCUUCUGAUCAGGACCACUGAGGUUAGCAAACUGGUCAUACUAGGUAUUGAUUCUUUAUCCCACAGAUUUUGCCAUUGUCUCUCUCUCUGCACCUCGUCUGCAGCCUCGAACACUGCCCCGCAGCAGCAGCCUCAUGUGACUGUCGCUAAUG